ACCAUCAUUAUGGGAAUGUACACGCAGUAGAAAAAUUACGCCAAUCCAUUGAGGUAUGGUAUGCUACAAGUGAAUAUUUGCGACAAGAAAUGAAUCCUAAUUUUAGGAUGACAGACCCCUUUAAUCCAGUCCAUAUAAUGUCUUUUUCGGGAGCCAGAGGAAAUCCAUCUCAAGUACACCAAUUAGUAGGUAUGAGAGGAUUAAUGUCAGAUCCUCAAGGACAAAUGAUUGAUUUACCCAUUCAAAGCAAUUUACGCGAAGGACUAUCUUUAACAGAAUAUAUCAUUUCUUGCUACGGAGCCCGCAAGGGAGUUGUGGAUACUGCUGUACGAACAUCAGAUGCUGGAUAUCUUACGCGCAGACUUGUUGAAGUAGUACAACACAUUGUUGUACGCAGAACAGAUUGUGGAACCAUCCGAGGGGUUUCUGUGAGUCCUCGAAAUGGGAUGAUACCGGAAAGAAUUUUUAUUCAAACAUUAAUUGGUCGUGUAUUAGCAGACGAUAUCUAUAUGGGCCCACGAUGCAUUGCCAUUCGAAAUCAAGAUAUUGAAAUUGGACUUGUCAAUCGAUUCAUAACCUUUCGAACACAACCAAUAUCUAUUCGAACUCCCUUUACCUGUAGGAGUACAUCUUGGAUCUGUCGAUUAUGUUAUGGUAGAAGUCCUACUCAUGGAGACCUGGUCGAAUUGGGAGAAGCUGUAGGUAUUAUUGCGGGUCAAUCUAUUGGAGAACCAGGGACUCAACUAACAUUAAGAACUUUUCAUACCGGCGGAGUAUUCACAGGUGGUACUGCCGAACAUGUACGAGCCCCCUCUAAUGGAAAAAUCAAAUUCAAUGAGGAUUUGGUUCAUCCCACACGUACGCGUCAUGGGCAUCCUGCCUUUCUAUGUUCUAUAGACUUGUAUGUAACUAUUGAGAGUGAAGAUAUUCUACAUAACGUGACUAUUCCACCAAAAAGUUUUCUUUUGGUUCAAAAUAAUCAAUAUGUAGAAUCAGAACAAGUGAUUGCUGAAAUUCGCGCGGGAACAUACACUUUCAAUUUGAAAGAGCGGGUUCGAAAACAUAUUUAUUCUGAAUCAGAGGGAGAAAUGCACUGGAGUACCGAUGUGUACCAUGCACCUGAAUUUACAUAUAGUAAUGUCCAUCUUUUACCAAAAACAAGCCAUUUAUGGAUAUUAUCAGGGGGUUCGUGCAGAUCCAGUGGAGUCCCUUUUUCACUCUACAAGGAUCAAGACCAAACGAAUCUUCGUUCUCUUUCUGUCAAACGAAGAUAUAUUUCGAGUCUCUCAAUGAAUAAUGAUCAAAUGAGAUACGAAUUAUGUAGUUCUUCUUUUUCUGGUAAACCAAAAGAAGAUAGGAUUCCGGAUUAUUCAGAACUUAAUCGAAUUACAUCGAUUGUUCAUUGUAAUCUCAAAUAUCCUACUACUUUCCACGAGAAUUCUGAUUUCUUGGCAAAAAGGCGAAGAAAUCGAUUUCUCAUUCCACUGCCCCAUUCAGGUAUCUCGAUUGAACUACCGAUAAAUGGCAUUUUACGCAGAAAUAGUAUUCUUGCUUAUUUCGAUGAUCCUCGAUACAGAAGAAAGAGUUCGGGAAUUACUAAAUAUGGGACUCUAGAGGUUCAUUCAAUCGUUAAAAAAGAGGAUUUGAUUGAGUAUCGAGGAAUCAAAGAAUUUAACCAAAAAUACCAAAUGAAACUAAAUCGAUUUUUUUUUAUUCCCGAAGAAGUGCAUAUUUUACCUGAAUCUUCUUCGAUAAUGGUACGGAACAAUAGUCUGAUUGGAGUAGAUACACGAAUCGCUUUAAAUACAAGAAGCCGAGUGGGCGGAUUAGUCCGAGUGGAGAGAAAAAAAAAAAGGAUUGAACUGAAAAUCUUUUCUGGAGAUAUCCAUUUUCCUGGAGAGACAGAUAAGAUAUCCCGACACAGUGGCAUCUUGAUACCCCCAGGAACAGGAAAAACAAAUUCUAAGGAAUCCAAAAAAUUGAAAAAUUGGAUCUAUGUCCAACGGAUCACACCUACUAAGAAAAAGUAUUUUGUUUUAGUUCGACCCGUAGUGACAUAUGAAAUAUCGGACAGUAUAAGUUUAGCAACACUCUUCCCCCCGGAUCUGUUACAAGAAAGGGAUAAUAUGCAACUUCGAGUUGUCAAUUAUAUUGUUUACAGAAAUGGCAAACCAAUUCGGGAAAUUUCUGAUACAAGUAUUCAAUUAGUUCGGACUUGUUUAAUUUUGAAUUGGGACCAAGACAAAAAAAGUUCUUCUAUAGAAGAGACUCAUACUUCCUUUGUUGAAGUAAGUACAAAUGGUCUGAUUCGAGAUUUCCUAAGAAUUGACUUAGUGAAAUUCCCUAUUUCGUAUCUCAGAAAAAGGAAUGAUCCCUCCGGCUCAGGAUUGAUCUCAGAUUCAGAUAAUGUGUCAGAUCACACCAAUAGCAAUCCCUUUUAUUCCAAGACAAAAAUGCAACAAUCAUUUAGCCAAAAUCAAGGAACUAUUCGCACGUUAUUAAAUAAAAAUAAGGAAUGCCCAUCUUUGAUAAUUUUGUCAUCAUCUAAUUGUUUCCGAAUGGGUCCAUUCAACGCUGGAAAAUAUCACAAUGUGAUAAAAGAAUCAAUUAAAAAAGAUCCUAUAAUUCAAAUUAGGAAUUUGAUUGGCCCUUUAGGAACAGUCCUUCAAUUUGUGAAUUUUUAUUCAUUUUACUAUUUAAUAACUCAUAAUCCUAUUUUGGUAACUAAAUAUUUGCAACUUGAAAAUUUAAAACAGACUUUUCAAGUAAUUAACUAUUAUUUAAUGGAUGAAAAUGGGAGAAUUUUGAAUCCCGAUUCAUGCAGUAACAUCGUUUUGAAUUCAUUCAAUUUGAAUUGGUAUUUUCUCCAUCAUAAUUAUUUGGAAGAAAGAUCCACAAUAAUUAGUCUUGGACAGUUUAUUUGUGAAAAUGUAUGUCUAGCCAAAAACGAACCCCAUCUCAAAUCGGGUCAAGUUUUGAUUGUUCAAGUGGAUUCUGUAGUAAUAAGAUCCGCCAAGCCUUAUUUGGCCACUCCAGGAGCAACUGUUCAUGGUCAUUAUGGAGAAAUCCUUUACGAAGGAGGUACAUUAGUUACAUUUAUAUAUGAAAAAUCGAGAUCCGGUGAUAUAACCCAGGGUCUUCCAAAAGUGGAACAAGUGUUAGAAAUGCGUUCAAUCGAUUCAAUAUCGAUGAACCUAGAAAAAAGAAUUGAGGGUUGGAACGAGCAUAUAAAAAAAAUUCUUGGAAUUCCUUGGGGGUCCUUGAUUGGGGCUGAGCUAACUAUAGUGCAAAGUCGUAUAUCUUUGGUUAAUAAGAUCCAAAAGGUUUAUCGAUCCCAGGGGGUGCAAAUCCAUAAUAGGCACAUAGAAAUUAUUGUACGCCAAAUAACAUCAAAGGUGUUGGUUUCAGAGGAUGGAAUGUCUAAUGUUUUUUUACCUGGAGAACUAAUUGGAUUGUUGCGAGCGGCGCGAACGGGGCGCGCUUUGGAAGAAUCGAUCUGUUACCGGGCCAUCCUAUUGGGAAUAACAAGGGCAUCUUUGAAUACUCAAAGUUUCAUAUCGGAAGCGAGUUUUCAAGAAACUGCUCGAGUUUUAGCCAAAGCUGCUCUCCGGGGCCGUAUCGAUUGGUUGAAAGGCCUAAAAGAGAACGUUGUUAUAGGGGGGAUGAUACCCGUUGGUACCGGAUUCAAAGGAUUAGUGCAUCGUUCAAGGCAACAUAAGAACAUUCCUUUGAAAACCAAAAAGAAGAAUUUUUUCGAGGGAGAAAUCAGAGAUAUUUUGUUCCACCACAGAGAAUUAUUUGAUUCUUCCAUUUCAAAGAAAUUUCAUGAUCCAUCAGAACAAUCAUUUACAGCAUUUAAUGAUUCCUAAAAGUGGAUUCAUACUUUUUGAAUUUUAAUAAAAAAAAACUCUUUAUUUAUGGUCAUUUUAUGUGGUAAUCGAAAUAAAGAUAAUAACGAAUAGAGGGUAGGGUUUUGGCUCGUGUAUCGACAUCGACACGUACAAUCUCCGGUAGAAGAAAAGGUUCCAUCGGAACAAUUAUUUAGUUCAGGGCAACCUCGUCGCUUUUUUUUUUUUUAAAAGCGGAAGUGGGGGGGAGAAAUGACAAGAAGAUAUUGGAAUAUCAAUUUGGAAGAGAUGAUGGAAGCGGGAGUUCAUUUUGGUCAUGGUACUAGGAAAUGGAAUCCUAGGAUGGCACCUUAUAUUUCUGCCAAGCGUAAAGGUAUUCAUAUUACAAAUCUUACUAAAACUGCUCGUUUUUUAUCAGAAGCUUGUGAUUUAGUUUUUGAUGCAGCAAGUAGGGGAAAACAGUUUUUAAUUGUUGGUACCAAGAAUAAAGCAGCUGAUUCAGUAGCACGGGCUGCAAUAAGGGCUCGGUGUCAUUAUGUUAAUAAAAAGUGGCUCGGUGGUAUGUUAACGAAUUGGUCCACUACAGAAACGAGACUUCAUAAGUUCAGGGACUUGAGAACGGAACAAAAGACGGGGAGACUCAAUCGUCUUCCGAAAAGAGACGCAGCUAUGUUGAAGAGACAAUUAUCUCACUUGCAAACAUAUCUGGGCGGGAUUAAAUAUAUGACGGGGUUACCUGAUAUUGUAAUUCUCGUUGAUCAACAAGAAGAAUAUACGGCUCUUCGAGAAUGUAUCACUUUAGGAAUUCCAACAAUUUGUUUAAUCGAUACAAAUUGUGACCCGGAUCUUGCAGAUAUUUCGAUUCCAGCAAAUGAUGACGCUAUAGCUUCAAUCCGAUUAAUUCUUAACAAAUUAGUAUUUGCAAUUUGUGAGGGUCGUUCUAGCUAUAUACGAAAUCCUUGAUUAAUAAUAAGAUAAAUAAAUUCUUUUUUGAACUCCAUAAAUUUCUGGAAUCAGUUACUACUCUUGAAUCGCAUAAAAUAGAUCCAAAUUACUGGGGAUAUUAUGUGAUUAGUUUGUAUCGAAAAUAGAAAAUUCAACUAAGCAAGUCGAAAAAGAGAUGGUUGAAUCAAAAUAAUUCCCUUGAAAGUU